GGUCAGUCACGGGCAAGUCCCACAGCGAGCAGUGUGCAGCCUCAAAACACCAGCUGCACUCAACACGUCCAUCUGGUACGCAGUGGUGUCUGUGGCUCUGCCGCCUUCCCCGAAGCACUGUGCGAGAGGUUCAUCGCCACACAGCACUGCCGAGAAAGAUGACGAGUCACAGGCCACCACCGUGCACAAGAACGGACACCGACUGCAUUCAGACUCCAAUGAACGAACGCAUCCCUUCCUCCCUCCCUCCCUCCCUCCCUCCCCGCACACACACACAAUCGGCUACGAGUAGAACAUCUUGGCGAAGAGGCUGUCAUGACUGGCCUGGCAGUACUCCACCAGCGGAUACACACAGUGGGCCUGGCAAACAGCAAUGCCUUCACUCAUCCUCACUGCCUGCCGGAUGGGGUCUCGCAGCGCCGCCUGCAGCCGCUGGGCGUUGAGGGGGCCGGUGAGCGAACCCUCGCGCACCGCGGCAGACAGUGCGGUUCGGGAUGAAGCGAACAGGUAGCUCUGAAACGACACACACCACACACACAUAAAAAUCGUUUGUGUGUGAGUGUGGGUGGGUGGGUGUCUCGGUCACUGACCUCCAUUGUGUCGGUGAGUGGUACACCGAGUGCUCGGCAGACGGCCCCCCACAGGAUGGGGAAGUGGCCGUCGAGCUGCCCUGUCGCCACGGCUGCGUCAAGCCCACUCAGCGAGACCCCACUACACGACGCAUCUGACACUCACACACAAAGCAACACCACAUCACGCCGCUUGUGUGCCAAUUCCCUCCCUCCCUCCCUGCCUGCCUGUCAUGUCACCGACCUCCAAAUGCGGCCACAACGCUUCCGAUGAGGCCCCUGCCCUGCUUGACGCUCGCACGGGAAGCGACGUGGUUGUGGCUGCAGGCCUUCCACUCGGCCUCCAGCACACACAGCGACGCCAUAGUGUGGCCACACCUGUAGGCCUCGCGGACGAAGGGCAGGUGGAGCGACGCUACGUUGCUGACCGACUGCAGGAGGAAUGAGUGUAGGGGGGUGGGAGGGGGAGAGGGGGAGGGGGGAGGGGCUGUCUGUUUGCCGGAGGGGACCAGGCCCAGCUGAAUGGACGCCUCGAGACCUGAUGGACAACCAAGUCGGUCAGAUGGCUAUUUGCUUCCAUUCGCUCCCUCUCGUCUGUGCGUACCGUUGCUGUGCGAGAAUCCGCCCACAGGGAAUGCUGAAUCGACCAACUGCAGCAAGGUGAGCAGCGUUGCUGCCCCCCGCUCUUCAUCAACAACACUGCCCAU